AUGAGUUUUUCUGACGACGGCUGGGGGAUUCAAGAGUCGGAGGUAAAAGUCGAAAUUGUACCGACCAAAGUAAUCGAGCAACCUCCUGUAGUUGAGAACCCCCGAGUGAAUACAAUCGGAAGACAAGUUCCGAAAGGAGAGGUAGCUGAGAGAAUUCAUCCAAAAAUGGAAACAAUUUUGGAGCAACUACCAAAAACCGAGUCUUCAGAAGUCUUCCGGGGUUCACCUCCUCCGGUCUUUCUAAAUGAUGCAGUUCCAGCAAAACGAGAGUCGGAGAAACCAUCUAAUAACGACAUUGAUGGUUGCAGCGACGACGGGUGGGGAUCCCCAACAAAAAAAGAAGAGUUCCGUCUUCCAACAGUUUCGAAAAGCACUGCCAGUAAACUGCCUCCAGCUAGAGCUUUGCAACCAAUUGUUCCAGCUCCUAUUGACGAUACUCUGGAUAUUGAAUCCCCUAGAGAGCUUUCACCAGCUCCGCCGACUGAGAGAGGUGUGCUCCUAACUACAACUUCAUCGCGCAAGGGCUCCGAUUUUAAUAAACCCAACUCAAAUUUCGGAAAAUCAUUUGGGACGCAGGAAUCAGUUCGUUCUGAAAAUGACAAUAUGAUACCAAAAGGUCCGUCACCGGUUGUUCAAGGGGACGGUCGCACUCAGAAGUCCUUUGGUUCUCAAAAGACAAACGAGGAAGGAGUUCAGAAAAGUUCUUUGUUAGUACAGGACAAGAUUUCUAAGGAUAUCCCUCCUGUUGGAACUGUUGGAUCUUUUGGAAGUCAAGCACAUGCCGACAAGGUACCACAGCGGGAGGCUGUCAUAUCUGAUCGAUUGAAACCUACGGGAUUUGGUGGGAGUUUUGGUGCUCCUAAAGCUGCUACUUUUGGUAGCAUUAAGCCUUCUGGUUUUGGAAGUGGGAAUCCCACAUCGUUUGGAAGUAUCAAACCUUCCGGUUUCGGUGGAAGCGAAUCCACAAAGAAAGCAACUGGGAAAAUCGAAAAUGAGAGUCAAGACAAGUCUACUGGUUUCGGAAAUAGUGAUGACUCAAAACAUGAAAGAACCGACACCUCAGCGAAGAAGACAACAUUUGGUUUCGGUGAAGUGAGACGCAGUUUCGGUCAAGCAAAGGCACAGGAGCCUGAAGUUUCUGAGGUCGAACCUAACACAGAGACUAAGCGAUCAUUUGGUUUUGGAAAGCCUACUGACUUUGACAGUGGUUCUAAUCAAUCAAAACUUUCUUUCGGAAGCACUUCACAAAAACCCACUAGUUUUGGCACCCAAUCUUUCGGAUUCGGAAAAUCGGCCGACCAAGGUUUCAAAACGUCAGGUGCAACAAGUUCCCUCUCAAAACAGUCUGCAUUUGAUAUCGGAAAAGAAAACACUGGAAACGUCGGCGAAUUCAAAACGGAGUCAAUUAAUAAUGGAUUCGGACUUCAGGCAAAUAAUGAUUUCGGAAAAACAACCCGACCGGAUUUUGGAACGAAGCCAAGUAUUAGCUUCGGUGGAAACAAGUCAGAGCUAUCAAAUACUGGGUUCGGUGUAUCUGGAAACACUGGUUUCGGUGGAAAGUCGAGAAGCGGCUUCGGAGAAACAUCCAAUAAUGGUUUCGGAGAAAAAUCCAAUAAUGGUUUCGGUACUUCAUCUGAAUUCACGAAAGCAUCUUUCGGUAGUCUCGGUCAGCUAGAAAAAGAUGGUGGUUUUGGUGAUAACACAAACUCUAAAGGAGGCGGAUGGGGAAAUGAGAGUCGACAUGAAGAUGCUGAAAGACCACGUGGAUGCCAUAACUGUGGUGAAGAAGGUCAUUUUUCAAGAGACUGUGACAAACCAAAACAACCUCGAUUCCCCUGCCGCAAUUGUAAUGUAGUCGGUCAUUUCGCGAAAGAUUGCCCUGAGCCGAGAGUUCCCUAUGGUCCGUGCCGCAAUUGUCAGGAGGAGGGACAUUUCUCAAAAGACUGUACGAAAGAACGGGUGCGUACCGAACCUACAGAGCCAUGUCGUCGAUGCAACGAAGAAGGUCAUUGGAGCUCUGAAUGCCCGAGUAGGCCAAGAGAUUUGCAAGGAAACAUUUUAGUUUCUUACGAUGUUGUGUUCACCCCGGAAGACGAAAUGUUCGAAGAUGCGGUUAACAAUGAUGACAAAAUCAACUUCGAUCAGAAAGUUUUUGCAUCGAUGGGCGAAAUCGAUGUUCCCGAUAUGGCUUCCUUCGAUGCGUUCAAAGUUCUUCCACAAGAUGUUCAUGACAAUCUCAAGCGUAUGAAAAUGAAUAGACCGACACCAAUUCAAAGAGCUUCCUUCUUCCCAAUCUUACAUGGUUUUGAUGUCGUCGCUUGUGCACAUACGGGAAGCGGAAAAACUCUCGCUUUCCUCAUUCCACUCGUCAUCAAUUUGUUAGAGGAUCGCUCACACCAUCACGAUGUCACGGACGAAAAACCAUCACCACGCCUUCUUGUUGUUGCUCCAACACGCGAGUUGGCUAGUCAGACUUUCAACACAGCUCGUCAACUUACUUAUCAAACUGGACUGAAGUGUGGAAUUGCGUAUGGUGGAUACUCGCGCAGCGCCAAUCUUCAACUCCUCCGUAGCUUUGAUCAACUCGGAAUCCUGGUCGCAACGAUGGGUAGACUCAAUGAUUUCUUGGAAUCUGACGAAAUUUCGUUGUCGAAGAUGAAGUUCGUAGUCCUCGAUGAAGCUGAUCGCAUGGUUGAUAGUGCUGAUUUCGGAGAGGAAGUCAGUAAAAUCAUUGGUUCGCCUGAAACUCGUACUCAACAAACUAUUCUUUUCAGUGCGUCCUUCUCUGAAAAUCUUCAAGCAGAAGAUUUGCCAAAGUUUGUUAAAGAGGGUUAUACUAUGCUUCAAGUGGACAAAUUCGGAACAGCCAAUGAAAAAAUCGAUCAACGAAUUCUGCCAGUUCCUCGUACCGAGAAAAGAUCUGAGUUGUAUAAACUUCUUGGAUUCGAUGAAAAUACUAUGUCCGUUCUUCCGGAUGCUCCUAUCGAAAAAGAGAAAACACUCAUUUUUGUGAACUCAGUCAAGUUCUGUGACACUCUUGCCUCCAACAUUGCUAAUUGUGGCGUCCCUUGCACUUCGAUGCACAGUCAUCAAAACCAAGAGCAACGUGACCGCACUCUCGAUGAUUUUCGUCGUGGGAAAUAUAAGUGCAUGGUGGCAUCCAAUGUUUGUGCUCGUGGAUUAAACAUUGCUGGCUUGGAUCAUGUUAUCAAUUAUGACAUGCCCGAUAAAAAAGGCUUUGAUGAAUACGUCAAUCGUAUCGGUCGCACAGCUAGAGCUGGAUUCACUGGUGUGUCCACUGCAUUCAUCGACGAAGAAAGCGACAGAGAGAUCAUCCCAAGUCUUAUCAAUGUAAUGACGGAGGCCAACAAAAAAGUACCCGAAUGGCUCGUUAACAUCAAUGAGGGAGCAGGAAAUGCGGAUGAGGGGCAAGAUGAACAAUGGUGA